AGAGACAGAAAGUGUGAGUGUGUUAGGAGACGGAAGGAAAAGAGGCUGAAAGCUUCUUGGCGUCGAUUCUGUUGCCAAAGUUUGGAGUUUUUUUUUUUUUGGUUUUAUGCCACCGAAUUGAAAACACACACACACACACACACACACACACACACUCUUCAAUUUGGAGCCCAUCCAGAGGAAGCGAGAGACGGUGGUAUGGCUGACCCGGUGAUGGAGGAGACGGAGUCGUUACCUGGGAGAGACGAGCUGGACUGGGGCUACGAGGAAGGUGUGGAGUGGGGUCUCCUGUUCCCCGACGCAAAUGGAGAGAAUCAGUCUCCCAUAAACCUAAACUCGAGAGAAGCUCGUUAUGACCCCAGACUGUUGGAGGUCGGUUUAACGCCCAACUACGUGGUGUGUCGAGACUGUGAGGUCAUCAACGAUGGACACACGGUCAGGAUCAUGCUCAAGUCGAAAUCAGUGGUGACUGGAGGUCCUCUGCCCAGUGAUCACGAGUUCGAGCUGCAUGAGGUUCGGUUCCACUGGGGCAAAGAGAACCAGAGAGGCUCCGAACACACUGUUAACUUUAAGGCCUUUCCCAUGGAGCUCCAUCUGAUCCACUGGAACAGCACGUUAUUCAACUCCAUAGACGAUGCCAUGGGCCAGAGGAACGGCAUCCUCAUCAUCGCUCUCUUCGUCCAGAUCGGUAAGGAACAUCUGGGUCUGAAGGCCGUCACGGAGGUGUUACAGGACCUGCAGUAUAAAGGAAAGACAAAAGUUAUUCCAUGUUUUAAUCCUAACACUUUACUACCAGAUCCGUUAUUAAGAGAUUACUGGGUGUAUGAAGGUUCUUUAACGACACCGCCGUGCAGCGAAAAAGUCACCUGGAUCCUUUACCGCUACCCGCUAACCAUCUCCCAGAUGCAGAUUGAGGAAUUCCGGAGACUCAGGUCUCACAUUAAAGGGGCGGAGCUUCUUGAAGGGAAUGACGGGUUGCUGGGAGAUAAUUUUCGGCCAACGCAGCCUCUGAGUGACCGGGUGGUGCGAGCGGCGUUUCAGUAAAGCGCUGCUGCAGUAAUCCUUUAGCUCUGUCACUCCCAGGAUUACAAAGCCGCGCCGGAGGAAAGAAACUGAACCCUCUCAUUAAAUCCUGCUUCAUGUGAACUCGCAUUAGCAUAGUGCGAGCCUGACGCUAACAGUUUACACAACACGCUAAUGAGUUUAACUUCAUUGUGUGUUUCAACCUGCCAGUUUACACUGUCCCAGUCACACACCAAGGAUUACUCACCACUAACUUGUGUAAACGUGUAUAAGAAAGGUGCUAAGAACCAGUUACACCCUGUACACAGCAGGUUUAGCAUCAGGAGCAGACGCAUUAUUCAUUUUAUUAGCUAGACUGAAGUUUUGGUAUAUCUGGAAAUUUGAUAGCUAACACACACAUACACACACACACACACAAAUAUUAUCUUAUAGUAAACUGACUAGCUAGAUAGCUUGCAGCAUUGUGUUGUUGUUUGUAGCUUGCCAUUACAUUUCACCAGCUAAAGCAGCACGGACAGACAAGCGGCGUAACCUGCUAGGUAGCAGUAAUUAGCAUUCAUGGAAUAUGCUAGCUCUGUACUACUGGAGUUAGCAUAGAAAUACAUGAUAAACAUAAAUUUAAUAUACAAAUAAUAAUAAUAAAAAAAAAUACUCUGAAUGUAAAGCUCAGAGGGUACGCCUGUCACAUCGUUAGCUUUCCGUGUUUUUUUUUUAAUCUCAUGUUGCAUGAGUUAUCGUUCGUACGCACUGCAGCUCAUAGAAUAAACACCUAGUGUAACAUUAAGUUAAUAUUUAGAACACUUUAAUUAUGGAAGUGAAGAACAAACUGUAACGCUUUCACAUCAUUUCCUACGGAGACGACGUGCUGGUGUUUAAUGUUAACAUAAAUAAAAACGUUUUUAAUUUAAA